AUGAGGAGGCAUACACACGCAGGUAGCUGGUACGACGAUGAUGCCGAUUCACUUCAAAAUGAAAUUGAGGAGGCUUUAUUCACGGAUGAAGAGGUCCCACUACCACCACCGAAGUAUAUAAUCUCACCACACGCCGGUUACACAUACUCCCUGAAAACAGCAGCCACGGCGUAUCGCAGGAUAGAUGUGGCGAAGAUUGCCACCAUCUUCAUUUUGGGCCCAUCGCAUUACGCAUCCCUUCGAGGAUGUGGCGUUGACACCUUCAGCUCGCUUCAGACGCCCAUUGGGGUGCUCCAGGUGGAUACCGAUAUAACGGAAAAGCUGCUCAACGAGGAUGGGUUUGUGGAAAUCAGCAGGGUGGCUGCGGAGAGGGAGCACAGUAUCGAAAUGCAGCUACCCAUAUUACGACAAAUAUUAAAUAGGCAAGUGAGCAUCUACCAUUAUCGAAUACCGUUCAGGGCAUGCGCGGAUCAUGUCAAGUUUGUCCCUAUAAUGGUGGGAUCGAUGGACGCCAAACGUUUGGAAAAGACUGGUACGUUGCAGCCUCCCACGCCGCAUUCAUUGAGCAGGCAACGCGUUGCUUCCUUACUUCCAAAACAAGGUACUACGCAGAUGACGGCAAUUGACGAAACUUGUGGCAGGAUACAAUGUUUGUCAUCUCUUCCGAUUUUUGCCACUUUGGAAACAGGCUAUGAAAACGAAUCUAUUCCUUUGUGGCAGGCUAUAAAAAAACUGGAUAUGGACGCUGUGGAUUACAUUAUCAAGCACGACCUGGACGGUUUCAGAGAGUACCUUGAGGAAACGGGCAACACUAUAUGCGGCUGCAACGCGAUAAAAGUUCUGCUGAUGUUAAUCAAACUAUCCGGGAUGAGCAUACGCUCCGAAAUGAUAUCAUACACCCAGGUAAAUCAUGCCACAGCACCGUGCAUCGCCAUGCAGUCGAAUAAAUGCGAGGGGAUUCAUGAUUGCUCCGUGUCAUACUGCUCAAUUGCCGGCGUCGAAUCGUGA